AUGGCACGGAAGAAGAAACAAAAUGAUCGGCAGCGGAUACUGGAAGAUACCGUCCUCGACUUCGAUCCCAAGCAAGGGGGCGAGUACUACACCAGAUUUACCUUCGCCGACCUCACAAAAUUCGAUCUCGACGAGGAGUGUCCAAAACGAGGACUCGCAUUGAUAGGUCCAAACUAUGUUGAGAUUGAUUUGAAGAUUAAGGAUCAUCAAGGGCAGGACAAAGAACUCAGUAAAGGAAAGUUAUCUAUCAAUGGCAUAGAGCGUCGACGGUUGAAGCAAUGUGUGCUUGAAAGUGACUCUCUUGCUACCAGGCUUAGUACUGUGGAUGUGCUUACCGGAGAAGGGGGAAGUGGUCAUGACUCCCCUCAACAACAACAACAACAACAACAACAACAACAACAACAACAACAACAACAACAACAAUGA